AUGGGGGGACCUCAGACCUCAGGAGCAUUGCUGUGGGUCAGUACCAAGCCACCUGCAAGCCAACAACCUCCAGGCGUCUCUGGUGAGGCGCUGCCGCAUGACAUUAAGAAGGUGAAUCCAAAGAGGGCCAUGGAUGUAGGGUCAUUCCAAGUAAACCCUGACGGGACACAAGAGAGGAGUAAGGUUCCUCUUGCAAAGUCAGAGGGCGACUUAGCGGAAUUGUUGGAAAAUCCCUGUGCUGGACCGGAGGAUGGCCAGCUGCGAGCGGAGCCUCCCACCCAGACAAGGAGAGUCGAGAGAUUUGCUGCUAGGCAAGAAGAGAAAAUCUGGGCAGAUAAAAAAUUCUGGGUUUAAGCUGGUGCUUACAAACCUUUGAAAUCUGCGGGUGAAAGUCUCGUAGAGGAGCCUGAAGAUGAAAUAUUCUCACUUAUCGCCCAAGAGGCAGACUAUCUAGCUGACAAGCUGUGCAGUGAAAAAUCAGGUGCCUGUGCAGCCCGCUGCUCACCCAGGGCAUGGAGGACAUCAGCUGCUCACUUUGCAGAGCAAAGUAUUCGCCUCAGUUGUGCCGAUUUUCACAAAAUCGACAUCUGA